CAGACCAGAGGGCACAGAUCCGGCACAGGUCCGGCACAGAUCCGGCCACCACUGCUCCUCAACACCAUCCUUCCUCCAUCCUGCACCCUGCAUCCACCCUCCCAAAUCUCCAUCCACCACCCGCGUUUCCUUGCCAGCCGCAACGCCCAAUGGCUGCACCAACCACAUCUCCCGCGUUCCGAACAAAGCCAGUCGGUCUGGGCGGCGCUGACUAUGCGUGUGUGCUUCUCGGACCGAGGGACAGGCGCCGUAGCUAGGGGACAAAAACCUCCACUCUGUUCUCCAAGUUGCGCUGCAGAAAACAUCACGAAGCUUCAUAUUAAAGCCCGCCUCGCCUGCGCACAAAUGGCCGCCUCUUCCUCCUCUCUAUUGUCCUCCCGGCCCAUCGCCAAAAAAAUAUCCCGCCCAACACCACCGCCGUCUCGCUCUCCCGCCGUCCCCCCGUCGCAGCCAUGUCGCGUGCCCUCUGGAACACGCUCCGACCUUCUUCGCGAAUUGCGCCUCGAUGCCCGCCGCUGUGCUCAUCAUCGCCGCGCUUGUCCCAUGCUGUCCUGCCCGUCGCUCGGGUCAGGUGGAGCUCUCAUUCACCCCUGGGUGCGGCCCCCGCCAAUGCCCGCAAGCCUAUUACUAUCAGCAGCCUCCAGACGCUCUACCGGAAGAACGAACCCAUUACCAUGAUCACCGCCCAUGACUUCCCCAGUGCACAUGUCGCCGACCAUGCCGGCAUGGACAUGGUACUGGUCGGGGACAGCCUGGCCAUGGUGGCCUUGGGCAUGGAAGACACUAGUGAGGUCUUGAUGGAGGAGAUGAUAUUGCACUGUCGGUCGGUGGCUCGCGCAACAAAGGCUGCCUUCACUGUUGGCGACCUACCCAUGGGAACCUACGAGAUCGCCCCUGAACAGGCCCUCGAGUCCGCCAUCCGCAUGAUCAAGGAGGGCCGCGUUAAGUCCGUCAAGCUUGAGGGCGGGAAGGAAAUGGCACCCACCAUCUCCAAGAUCACGUCGGCCGGCAUCCCUGUCCUCGCCCACAUCGGCCUCACGCCCCAGCGACAAAACUCCCUCGGUGGCUUCCGCGUCCAGGGGAAGAGCACCGCUUCAGCUCUCAGGCUCCUCGGUGACGCCUUCGCCGUCCAGGAUGCCGGUGCCUUCGCCGUCGUGCUGGAAGCUGUGCCCGCUGAGGUCGCCGCCCUGGUGACGAAGAAGCUAAGCAUCCCUACCAUUGGCAUUGGUGCUGGCAAUGGCUGUUCAGGGCAGGUCCUCGUCCAGGUAGACAUGUCGGGAUACUUCCCGCCUGGUCGCUUUCUUCCCAAGUUUGUGAAACAGUACGGUGAUGUGUGGAGUGAGAGUAUGAGAGCCGUCCAAGCCUACAAAAAAGAGGUGAAGAGCAGGGCAUAUCCCGCGCCGGAGCAUACAUAUCCGAUGCCGAAGGAGGAGUUUUUUGAGUUCGAGAGACUGGUUGAGGAGAAGCGGAUGAGAACUGAGUAAGGUCGUCUCCCCGUCUCUCUGAGGUUUCAGUCUUGUCAUCUGCGUCGGCGUUGGUGGUUUGGCUCUUCCAUCUUUCAUGCUCUGCUCACUUGCAUCGCAUACCCUUCGCUAUAUCCCUGGCCAGUUCUUCAGAUUCGUUCUUGACAGCCAGCGUCUUUGCAUAUUGUAUCGCUCACAUCCAUGGAACCGAGAGCAUACAUGCGGAAGGGGGAGGUCUUCUAUUGAUGGCUAGCUUACAGAGCUGAAUGCCGUUCCCCAUACACCUUAGAUUAAUGCAUACAUUAAUUCAUAACCCGACAGACUCAUGCCACCAAAUCCCCGCGUCUACCCCCUAUGACCACACCACUCAUCUCACGCCGUCAUGAUCACGACCGCGAAUUCCCUCCCAUAUGCCACUAGCAUUCUAUGAGCUCAGC